CCGGAGCCUCUGGGCCACUCGUUCCGCUCGAUCCUGGAUGGAGGCGGCCCCUGGCCCGCGGGAGACGUCAGAUUGAAGUGAGUGAAUUCAGAUAUAACUCACACUUGUUAGAGGGCUUUUUAAAAAUAAAAAAUUGAUUCCGUGCAUGAGAGCAAGUUACUGCUGCUUACCGUUCCGAGACUUACAGGUGCUUGCCUGCAUUGCAAUAAAGGACUCAUAUAUUGAGCAAGACUUAUAUUUAUCUCUUCGUUUUGGAGAGCCUAAUAAACUGUUAUUACAGUUUCCCUACUGACUUUCAAAAGUUUUGAAGUUUGAAAGAGACACCUUUGCAAUUAACACAGCAUGAGCACGGCCAGAACAGAGAACCCUGUUAUAAUGGGUCUGUCCAGUCAAAAUGGUCAGCUGAGGGGCCCUGUGAAGCCCAGUGGUGGCCCCGGAGGAGGGGGCACACAGACACAGCAACAGAUGAACCAGUUGAAAAACACCAACACAAUCAAUAAUGGCACUCAGCAGCAAGCACAGAGUCUGACCACCACUAUAAAGCCUGGUGAUGACUGGAAAAAGACUUUAAAACUCCCUCCAAAGGAUCUAAGAAUCAAAACUUCGGAUGUGACCUCCACAAAAGGAAAUGAGUUUGAAGAUUACUGUUUGAAACGGGAGUUAUUGAUGGGAAUUUUUGAAAUGGGCUGGGAAAAGCCAUCUCCUAUUCAGGAGGAGAGCAUUCCCAUUGCUUUAUCUGGUAGGGAUAUCUUAGCUAGAGCAAAAAAUGGAACAGGCAAGAGCGGCGCCUACCUCAUUCCCUUACUUGAACGGCUAGACCUGAAGAAGGACAAUAUACAAGCUAUGGUGAUUGUUCCUACUAGAGAACUUGCUCUACAGGUCAGUCAAAUUUGCAUCCAGGUCAGCAAACACAUGGGAGGGGCCAAAGUGAUGGCAACCACAGGAGGAACCAAUUUACGAGAUGACAUAAUGAGACUUGAUGAUACAGUGCAUGUGGUAAUCGCUACCCCUGGCAGAAUCCUGGAUCUUAUCAAGAAAGGAGUAGCGAAGGUUGAUCAUGUCCAGAUGAUAGUAUUGGAUGAGGCAGAUAAGUUGCUGUCACAGGAUUUUGUGCAGAUAAUGGAGGAUAUUAUUCUCACGUUACCUAAAAACAGACAGAUUUUACUAUAUUCUGCUACUUUCCCUCUUAGUGUGCAAAAGUUCAUGAAUUCCCAUUUGCAGAAACCCUAUGAGAUUAACCUGAUGGAGGAACUAACUUUGAAGGGAGUAACCCAGUACUACGCAUAUGUAACUGAGCGCCAAAAAGUACACUGCCUCAACACACUUUUCUCCAGGCUUCAGAUAAACCAGUCAAUCAUUUUCUGUAACUCCUCUCAGCGAGUUGAAUUACUAGCCAAGAAGAUUUCUCAACUGGGUUAUUCUUGCUUCUAUAUUCAUGCUAAAAUGAGGCAGGAACAUCGAAAUCGUGUAUUUCAUGAUUUCCGAAAUGGCUUAUGCCGCAAUCUUGUUUGCACUGAUCUGUUUACCCGAGGUAUUGAUAUACAAGCUGUGAAUGUGGUAAUAAACUUUGACUUCCCAAAGCUGGCAGAGACCUAUCUUCAUCGUAUUGGAAGAUCAGGUCGCUUUGGUCAUCUUGGCUUAGCCAUCAACUUGAUCACAUAUGAUGAUCGCUUCAACCUGAAGAGUAUUGAAGAGCAGCUGGGAACAGAAAUUAAACCUAUCCCAAGCAACAUUGACAAGAGCCUGUAUGUGGCAGAAUACCACAGUGAACCUGUAGAAGAUGAAAAACCAUAACAAGCAUGCUUUGACAAACUACAGAAGGCUCCUUUGGAUCUGUGAUACAUCUUUUUUUGUGGGGUGCUCUCUGUGGGUUUUUCAUCUUUUAUUUUGGAACUAUGAAAACUUAAAAGAGCUCAGACAUUUUUCUUUUUUAACUGGUGAAGAGAAAACUGAAAAGAAGGAAUAUACCUUUUUUGUUCUACUUGUUUGCACUGUGUGCUGACUGAACAUUAGUUGCACUAACUGCUGGUUUUUUAAAAAAUGUUUUCUGGGGAAAAGGGGACAAGGAAGGAGGAAAAGAGAAGGGGAGAAACCCUAAAAAGAGAAGAAUCUCGAUGAACAACGCAAGCUUGUCUACAAUUUUGAAAUUCUCCAACAGCUGACUCUUGAGUGCAUUUCAACUUCUCCCUGAUUACUCAUCCGUUUUUUAAGCCUGAAGAGCUUAUUACUUAUUUGUGCGAAGUGCCUUAUGCUAUGAGACCAUUCAGAAUAUCAUCUUAUAGACACAGCCCAAGGAAUCAACAGAGUAAUUUUCUUCUCCCCGCCCCCUUUUCUUUUUAAAAAAUUUUUGUCGGUUCAUUUUGGUUUCACGUUGAAGUCUCUCUUCCCUUUCUACCCAAUACUCAAGCCCAGGGCUGGAAGAUGAAACUUAUUAGUAAUGUUAAAUACCAUUAUUAUUUUCUUUAUGUGGAGGAGUUGAUAUGCAACUGCAGUUCAUCCGCGCUGUAAAUACAUGUAUUUAAGAAAACAAUCCCAAGUAAAAAUUUCUUCUGGGCUGAGUAGAUACAAUAUCAUCGCUCCCAAAGGAAAGAGCAGUCUAUCAUUGCAGGAGCCAUAUGACAAGCCUUUGUGCUCUAUAGCAGAACACUAAAGACUGGUUUACAUACGCCUCCAUUAGCAGUAUGGCACUUGAUGUGUAGACAUGUCAGAGCCUCGACCCUCUUUCCUCUGUGGCAAAGCGCGUCCCAUAGAAAAUUGGGUGUGUAUACUUGUAUAAACUUUGUAAAUAAGUUUUUUUCUGGGUUCACACACACACACAUAUAUAAAUAUAUAUAUAUAUAUACAUAUAUAUAUAUUAUUUUUUUUUUGGAUGAAGGUUGCUGGGAUUAAGGGGAUUAGAGUGAUUAUGGGAGCAGCUAAAGAUGAGAGGGGCUCAGUUUUCCGCAACACUAAAUUCUCAAAAGUCCUUGGCCUCUUACUGUAGAGAGCAGACCUCUGUGGGGACCCUGUAUUAGAAAAGGGACCCAGAAGUCUGGGAUGCACUGGUUGCUGCCAUGCUGUCUCAUCUAGAAUAUAUGGAAUAGUCUUACCAGAGAGCAGGAAAGCUUUAAACUAUAAUCAAGAUGAAUUUUUGAGAAGCUCUCUGAUUUUGCAUCUCCCUUUCUAAAAGUUUGAGGAAAUUUUCAAACUGCAGAAGGGAGCAAAAAUUAAUCUACUUUGUAGUGGGAGAAUUCAGUUGAGUGGCAGCAUCUUUGAGUAGAAUAUGUAUAAAGCAUGGAUUUGCAUUUCAGAAUAUUAGCCAGUACCAGCUUUGGCAGUGUUAGCAAUUCGGGAACUUAAUUUUCUGUGGGUCACCUCCUGUAGUGUUGUAGGCGUGUUGCCUUCUGUCCACUUUGAUACAUAAACUUGCAGGAAUGGGCAACCCCGAGAGCUGUUAACUUUCAUGCUACAGAAAGCUGCUUGCCAUCCUCUUGUGUUGUUGACAAGAAUCUUUACCUGCCAUUUUGCAUUGUAAAUUGCUGGCAAAUGCUUAACAGUCAAUAGUGUUGCUUUAAAUUGUGCCCCUCCCAACAUGCUUGAUGUUUGGCCUGAUCUCCAGGCAAAAGGAGUGAGAUGAAUCAAAACCAGUGAACUUUUUUUUUUAAUGUUUUUAAUUCCCUUUUAACCCAGUGUACUAGGUCAAUCAGGAGUCAUCUAGGGGAAGAAAAAAAAAGCAAAACAAAAUUGAAAAAAAUUGAUUUCCAUAUUCUGUUCUUUCUCAGAACCCUAAAAUAUUACAAGAUAAAUCCUGCAUAUGCUUUCAUACUUAACGCAUCUGGAUAAAGAAAUCAUUUAUUUGAAGUUGCUUUUUUGACUCUGCCUAGUUCUAAGUAAAACUAUUUGCAAAUUACCCAAAAUUCCUUGAGGAUCAAAAUCCUACAGAUGUCUCCUGAUCGGACAUAGCCCUGACUCUAACUGUAGCAAGAGCUGCAUAGUACAAACUCAAAAAUGAGCAAGUUUAUUUCUUUGGAAUCCAAGUCACAUAUCCAGUGUUGGUUACCAAACACAAAUCCUGAUUAAGGACAUUAAAUUUUAUCUUUUUUCCAGGGAGGGGUAAGGGUGGGAACUUAAAAGGUGUCAUCGUUUGACCAACAAAUCUUGCCCUUGUACUGAUGCAGCUCUUCUCCCCCACAUCUAGCGAGAUAAGAGGGAUCAUUCAUGUAAAA